AGCCUUCCGUAUCACAUCUGGAGGAACCUCACUCGCGGAAGAAUAUUACAUCGAGACCUUCGCACGUAGGUCACAAGUAGGUCACCAAAAGGGACCCUUAGCGAAACCAAACCAAGAAAAAUAAUAAGAAAACAAAAACAAAAUAAAAACAGAUCGACCACACAUACCACACGACCAUGGAUUCCAUACCAAGAGGUCUGGUUCGUACGGUCGUCGACACCACGCAAGAACCCGACGCGUUUCUCGGGAGUUCGACGCCGGCGGGCACAGACGCCCCCGAGGGAAAUAAGUACGAUCGCCGCUUGCCAAACUGGGUGGAUUUCCUGGUGCUUGGCCUGUACUUCGCCUUCGUGCUUGCCAUUGGCCUGUAUUCGUCAUGGCGAACAAAGAGAGGCAGUGUUUCCAGCUAUUUCCUGGCUUCUAGAAAUAUGCACUGGAUCCCGGUCGGCGCUUCCCUCUUCGCGAGUAACAUCGGCUCUGGUCAUUUCAUCGGGUUGGCUGGGUCGGGCGCCGCGUCGGGCAUCGGCAUUGGCGCCUUCGAGCUCAAUGCGAUCUAUGUGCUUAUGCUGCUCGGUUGGAUUUUCGUCCCUGUGUACAUGAGUUCAGGAGUUUACACAAUGCCCGAGUAUCUUAGGGAAAGAUUUGGAGGCCAGAGAAUUAGGAUUUACCUUUCUGUCUUGGCUCUAAUCUUAUACGUCUUCACUAAAAUUUCGGCUGACCUGUAUGCGGGGGCACUAUUUAUCCAAACAGCCCUGGAUAAAGGAGACUCUACCGAAUGGCUGUACCUCAGCAUCCUUAUCCUGCUGGCCAUUGCGGCGCUGUUCACUAUAACAGGGGGACUGACGGCGGUUAUAUGGACCGAUUUUGUGCAGACUGUUUUGAUGAUCAUCGGCGCCUUCAUAUUGAUGGGGAUGUCUUUCCACGCGGUCGGCGGCUACAACGCCCUGGUCACCGACUACUUCCACGCCAUUCCGACCAACACAGUGUAUUCGGCCGACAACCUGACGAACUGUGGCGAACCUCCUGCCUACGCCAUGGACUUAUUCCGGUCCGUUGUGCCCGGAGAGUCGGAUCUGCCUUGGACGGGCAUGCUGUUCGGGGUUACCAUCUCGGGCAUUUGGUACUGGUGCACGGAUCAGGUGAUGCCUCGUUUCGGAAAGCGGUUUUUCCCCUUCAAUGCCGUCGGGGGCUACAACCGCCUGGUGGUAGACUACUUCGAGGCCGUCCCUUCACGCCUGACCUAUGAUGCCAACAACCGCACGUGCCCCACCGGCUUCCCACCUUCGGAUGCCCUGCACCUUCUGCGGGAUCCGGUGACCUCCGACCUCCCUUGGACUGGGGUCAUAUUCGGUCUCUCCGUUGGCUCCAUCUGGUACUGGUGCACCGACCAG